CCGGCAGGAAAUGACGAAGGCAGAGGUCGUCCAGGUCCGUUCGGCGACCGGGCCCCGCGCGUCCGGCGAGACUCCGAGGGGAAAGAGCCCCGCGCGGAGCAGCCUGGCCGCGUGCCGCCUCCCGAGCCAGCAGCCCCCAUGCCUGCAGGUUACAGGGUGAUGGGGGACGAUGGCUCUAUGGAUUACAGCGUUCACGAGGCCUGGAACGAAGCCACCAAUGUUUACUUGGUAGUGAUCCUUGUUAGCUUUGUCCUCUUCAUGUAUGCCAAGAGGAAUAAAAGGAAAAUUAUGAGGAUAUUCAGUGUGCCACCUACAGCAGAAACUUUAUCAGAGCCCAGCUUUUAUGACACAAUGAGCAAAAUCCGUUUAAGACAACAACUGGAAAUGUAUUCCAUCUCAAGGAAGUAUGACUAUCAGCAGCCACAAAACCAAGCUGACAGCGUGCAACUCUCGUUGGAAUGAAAUCACAGAAAAUGAACAACAUAAGUAAUGGUUCAGCAGUCUGGUAGUAAGCUUCUAAAUAUACUAAAUCAUGGACAGCAUUUUUUUUUUUCCAAACCCUAUGUCCCUAAAAUCACUUCACUUGUCAUUUCUCUCAGUUUUAUUUUUCUUUACAAAAUUAUAUCGCCAAGUCAUUUAUUAUACCAAAAAAGAGGGAAGGGGAAACAGGGGAAGCACAGACUGUAACCAGGGAUGGUGAUUUUACCUUGUGAAGACCUUUUAUUUCUUCAGGAUACAGUCAGUGAGGAAUAGAAAUACAUCUUUGGAAGUGACACUGGAGAGUAUGCCACUGUGAUUUAAACAUUUUUGUGAAAUUCAAAAAUAAAAAUCCAGUCCUUGGAAGAUUA